AUGUCGUCUAAAACACAUGGAAUAUCUGCGAAUAUCUAUGGACGGGGUGAUCGCUCCCUCGGCGAUAGACCGUGCCACGUCGGCCUUGCUGUGUACGAAAUUGGCUCCAACAUCUGUGAAAUGCAUCAUAUCCGUUGCCCUCAGGAUGACCAGUACAUCUACGACCCUCGAACCCAACCCCUCGAGGAUUCAGUGUUGCGUGGCCGAUGUGAAUUAACCCAGCUAUCAAGUCCCGAGAAGCAGGAGGUUAGCCAGAUUCUCGAGAAAUUCGGCCUUGACUCUACCAAUAUCCCAGAAGUGGGUGUGGGCAAUUGUCAGGACUGGCUUGCAGGAGCAGUGAAGGAACUCGAGCGCCAUGGUAUUCUCCCAGACGGAGAGGGAAAUUAUUGGAGAAAUAUGAUCAACUUGACAUCCGACCAAAUGAAGAAACGCUGUGAAGGUGAUGGGAAACGGUGGAUUGAUGGACCAGGACAGAUCCCGUUCAGUGGGGUCCCGGAUGCUAGAUAUUCGGAUCGUGAAGAGAGAAACGUCGGGAAGCUGACUCAUGGUUCUAUAAUAGAGGGGAAAUUGGAAUCUCUCUUUGCCUCUAAAUCCGGUUCUGGUUCUUCGGCUUAUGGAGAUAAUGAUCCUCAACGGCUCUAUGUCUCUAGCCCCUUUUUCAGCCAGACAAAGCGCGAGGACUGA